UCCCAGGGCCCAGGGAACUCAUAUGCUGCGAGCCGGCCCUGGGCUGGGCUGGUUUCUUGUCCCCAAGGAAGUAAGAAAAAAAAAAAAAAAGCAAGCAGAGGAGAAGCAGCUCGCUGCCUGGUUUUCUUGAGAUCAUUCUAAGGGCUGGUCUGUUCAGGAAGGAGGGUGUCUCACUUAUCCUCGUUUCUGGAAUUGCGGUUCCAUAUUUUGAACAAACAAGUUUUCCGGCUGCUUUGUUUAAAAGGUUUCUUCUGCAGACCGCAUCCAUUAACUCCGUGCGCGAUUGCCUUGCGCCUGCCUUAAAGAAGGGGCUUGACGGGCCGUGGGAUUUCCAAUUUCUGUGAUAAACAAGACCCAAGCUUCAGUGAAGUUCUACUGUCUGUUUUGUGUCACCUUCUAGCAGAUUCCCCCCAAAGAAACUCGCAAAUCCGGCCGGGAGUUUCUUCUCCGCUGAGCCCUGGGUUGCAACACGGGGACGCACUCCCGAAAGCGCUGCAGCAACCCUCCCCUGGCUUCUUUAGAUCCCUAAUUACCGCCGGGAGUUCGUCUCCCUGGUGGAAGCCGGCAUGCAGGCCGCCGGCCGUCCCGCGGGAGCAGCCCUCCGUCAGUCUUUCGGGGACUCCAUAGGAAAAAUUGGCUUGGAAAAACGCAUUAGGUGAAAGGGGGAGAUGCUGGAAGCUUUCAAACCGCGCUAAGCAAAGCUGAAAACGGCUUCUUUUGUCUGUGCUCUUGGGCCGGCUGCGGAGUUUCAAACUGUAGGGUGGCGGCAGGGCGCGGCGGGAGGUGAGCUAGGGGCUGGGCCCCGCUUUGUGCCCCCGCCUGGCUGGAAGCUGGUCCCUUCCCCCCUCGCAGGCUGCUCCUGGGUUCGGCGGGUGCUCCGGGGGAUGCGGAUGGAGAAGGCGGAGUGGUGGGAAGGCUAACGUUGGCAGGUAUUCAUCUUCAUGGAGACAAACACAUGAGAAGAUCCAAUCAGAAGUGUGGUGGUCAACUCAAGAUGCCCAAGGGAAAAUACUCAUCUACAAGCCUCGUCUUUCAAAACUGCAUUCUUUCAGUCAAAGAAAAACAUUUUUGGAGAAAGAUGACUUGCGAACAAAGCUGGCUUUGCAAGGAUGCUGAAUGAAAGACAACAUGCCUUACAAUGGACACUUAUCUUGAAGGGGUGACACUGUGCUCUUAAACUGAAACACAAGCACUGUGAAAACUGAUCCUGAACAAGAAUAAGGAUCAUAGAAACUGCAUCAGAAUGUUUGUUAGUCCCAGGAGAGUCAGAAAAUGCCAUUUUUUGCAGAUAUUUGCCACGUGCUUCAUCCUGUGUCUCAUGAUUUUUUGGGGACCAUUUGAUAAUCACAUUGUGAGCCAUAUGAAGUCCUACUCAUACAGAUACCUCAUAAAUAGCUACCAUUUUGUGAAUGACAGCCUGUCUAUCAACAGGGAUAACUUGGACAGAGUAUCAAGCUACCAGUACUUGAUCAACCACAGCGGGAAAUGUCAGCAACAGGAUGUCCUUCUCCUGUUGUUUGUGAAGACUUCUCCUGAAAACCGUCAUCGAAGAGAUGCAAUUAGACAAACUUGGGGAAAUGAGAAGUAUGUUCAUUCUAAACUUAAUGCCACCAUUAAAACUCUCUUUGCUUUAGGACGACCAACAGAUCACCUGCUGCAAAGAGAACUUCGACUGGAAGACCAGAAAUACAAUGAUUUGAUUCAGCAAGACUUCUUGGAUACUUUUCACAAUCUUACUCUUAAAUUGCUAUUGCAGUUUAGCUGGGUGAAUGCCUACUGUCCUCAUGCCAGGUUCAUUAUGUCUGCAGAUGAUGAUAUCUUUAUCCAUAUGCCAAAUCUUGUUGCUUAUCUCCAAAGUCUAGCACAAAUGGGUGUUCAAGAUCUCUGGAUUGGUCGUGUCCAUCGCGGAUCCCCUCCCGUAAGAGAUAAGAGUAGCAAAUACUAUGUUCCAUAUGAAAUGUACCAGUGGCCCUCUUAUCCUGACUACACAGCUGGAGCUGCGUAUGUAAUAUCAAAUGAUGUAGCAGCUAAAGUAUAUGAGGCUUCAUUGACUCUCAAUACAAGUCUUUAUAUAGAUGAUGUUUUCAUGGGUCUCUGUGCAAAUAAAAUGGGAAUUGUACCACAACAUCAUGUAUUUUUUUCUGGGGAAGGAAAGGCUCCGUAUCAUCCCUGCAUUUAUAACAAAAUGAUGACAUCUCAUGGACAUGUAUAUGAUCUUCAACAGUUAUGGAAGCAGGCUACAAAUCCUAAAGUUAAAAAGUUCUCUUCGGGAGUUUGGGGUAGAAUAUACUGCAGGAUAGUCAAUAUAAUGCUUCUCUGUAAACUAUACUAUGAGGACACAUAUCCUUGUUCAGCUGCAUUUGCUUAAUACUUGAAUAUCUGUGUUGAAGAUCCACUGAGCCAAAACAGAGCAACAACUUUUUAGCUGUUUAUUCAAAAGAUAAAGAGGUAAAAUUCACAUUUGAAAAUGGGGUGGGGAGGAAAGAAGGUCCUAAAUCCUAUCCAGAAACUUACUGGAAUAGCUCUCCUAUUAUACUGCAACUUUUUACAUUGUAGCCUGGUUUUUUACUCUUGAAGGGAUGAAAGUCUGGAUUAAAUAACUAAUGGACUUGACUUCUACACUUUGAAAUGCAUGGUGAAAAUGUGUUACUUUGAACUUGUCAGUAAAGCUAUGUGAACUAUGUUUUUGUCAGUAAAGCUGUGUGAACUAAGGCACAUGAUAAAAGUCUGCUAUAACAAAAUGGAAUAGACAUUUUAAAACACAAAGGAAAGUAAAACUGACUUGAUGAAUGAGACUUGCAGCAGUUUAAGGCAAAAUACUACAAAUAUUCAGCAUUUCUCAGUGCUUCACAGAAAGUAAGUCUAGACCUGUACAACUGACAGUGAAUGCUAGAAGUGAAGAGCUACUACAGUCCUUUUCUCAAAGCUCCCUAAACCUCUGAAAUAGGGAAAUGGUGUUUGAGUGCCCUCUGACUUGGUUGUUUUAACAAAGGAGCUUCCUUUAGAACUUGAAAAAAAAAACAAACCAAAAAUAAAAUAUUACUCCAUGUAGCUGGUUUUGCUAAUCUUUCUGCCUUCGGAAAACUGAAGCAGUAUAUUUAAACAAUCCAAUUGUUAAUAAGCUAAAUGAGUUUCCUUUUACAAUGCUUCAGUUUUCCAGUAUUCAUGGUACUAAAAAGUAAGCAGAAGUCCCUGACAAUGUUACUUACAGCUAAUUUAAAACUUAAAAAGUUUAAAAGGUAAAAUGUCAUUCUUGUACUAACAAAGAGAGACGGUAUUUUCUGCGCAAAUUUUGACUUCACAGUGAAGGGGUAAGGAAAUGGUGAUCCACAGAAAUUCAGUACACAAAUCAAAAUCACUAAAAUAUUUCUCCUGGAGUCUUAAAUACAAGAUUGUCUUUAAAAUGUCAGGGUAGUUUGUGUCCACAACCCCCUGUAUCUUGAAUAUGUUUUAAUGGUAAUAUCACCUGCAUGAGAAACAGAACACCUGUGUGUUGUAAAUUGGGCUAGAACUAAGUGAUACUCAAACAUCAACUAUUAUAAGUUGUAUUGUGGUGCCAUAUAAAUAUUUCAGUGAACCAAAGCUCUAGCAUGUCUGCAGUCUUUUCUUGUAUAGCUCACUAAUGGUGUUUUCACGGACUCUCAGGAUAGGUAUUUUAGCUGCUAAUUGCCAAACCUGUGGUAGCUGUUUCUGAAGUAGACACCACUCACACAAGGUACAGUCAGAUAUUGCUUUUGAACUCAUUUAUUUGAUGGGAACAAGCUUUAGUGGGGAACUACUUCUGAAUGCUUGAUUGAAUCAAGUUUAUCAGCAGAGAAAUUAUAAUGCAAAAGCUCACAAAUUAUCAAGCCUCUGUUCGAAAUAUACUAAUUACAGAAGCAAUACUACUUGCUUUUGGUCUAAAACUAGCCUUUUUCUUCUGUCUGAAAUUUCUCACUGUGUGCAUUACUGAUCUGUGUCUUCUUACUUUACCGUAGAACAGCUAUACAAGACUUGGCAUCUUUAAGCUGCAAGUAGUAAACUUUAUUUAAAUGACUGCUACUGUUCUUGGAGCUGUGCUGCAGGUUUUAAUGGUUUGAAAAGCUAAUGGUACAUGUUCGCAUAGACAGAAUACAGGAUUGAGUUUGCUGACUGUUCUCUAGGCUGCCGUUUCAGAUGGAUGGUAGGUAGCUAUUGGAAUGAAGUGAAAUAUGUAACUUUCUAUAAUUGGUUUUCCAGAAGGAAAAGAAUAAGAAUCCUAACUGAACCCAAAUGUUGGGUAUAUAAAGAGCCCAGAGAUAUAUCAUCAAUGUCAGAAUGAUUGAAGGAUUUAACAGCUGUACCUCAGAAAGAACAAAUCCAGCUCCUGUUCUUGCCAGAACAGAUUGAUUAUAGUACUAACACCCCCCGCAAACAAAACCCAAAACACCAAAACACACACUGAAGAGCAACCACCCCAAGACAACCCUAGAUGUAUAUAACCUGUUGGCUUAUGGAGAAUUAAAUCCACAUAUAGAAAAAGUAGUAUUCUAUACUGAAGGAAAGCUGCUUCAUCUGAUCUCUGACCUGUUGUGAGCCAUUUAAAUUAAGCUGCACAGCAAAAUGCCCUGCUAGAAAAAGCCACCCUAUUCAAGGCAUGGAAAGAGGGUCUUCAUAUGCAGUAUUGCAACCAAAAUGGUCUAUUAGGACUACAUUUUUUUCCAGCAUAACUAUGUGUUGGUAUUUAUUGUUUUCACUCACACAGGCAAAUGUAAAGUAAGUUUAAAGUAGCUUAAAUUAACAUUUAAAACACUGAUUAAUGUUGUUUGCCAUUAUCUGAAAGUCCCUUUUGACCAUUGAAAUAUUUUGGUUUACAGCUGGUUUGACUUUUAAGUUGCUUCUUAAUCUUAAAAGAGCCUUGAUGUUUGUAGUAUGCAUUUUCUUUUGCUGCAGUGAAAAGAAGUUGCUUGCUGAAUAAAAAAGAAAGCAUGAAGGCACUCCUUUUCAAAAAAUGGAGACGCUAGAAAGCUUCUUAUUUUCCAGUUCUAAACUUUGACUUAAGAUCUGUACACCUUUAUCUAGAACCUUUUUUAACAAUAGUCUCGGUGCUCCAAUGCAGGGCUGUCAGGUUUUACUUCUGCAAAUAAAACUGUAUCAGCCUGAAUGGUCACUCGUCAUUGAGUUUGACAUUGUUGCACAGAAUAUUUAAUGCUAUUUUUUUACCUAUUUGUUUGGUUUGCAUCAGUUUCCCUUUGAUAUUACUAAUUUUUAUACAGAAUAUUCAAUAUUUAUUCUUAAACUUUGCUCUGUACCACAAAAAGACAAUUGUUUUGUAAAACUUGUUUUGAAUAAACAGAUAUUUCUUUUAAGAAACAAAACAACAAAACAAAGGUAAAUAUCUCUUGUUGCUUUCUUUGUAACUGACAGGCUUACCUCUGAUGUGCUGAAAUGCUAUUCUGAGAUCCCUCUUGUUAGAGGAUUUCAAACUGCUUUCCCCCCUCCUUUCCCCUGCUUUCUUUCUAUUCUGCCUUGAAUCAAACCUUUUGUAGAACAAAAGGUGAAGUAAGUGUUCUUGAGAAAAGAGACAGCUCAAAAAUUUGUUUACCAAGUUUCUAGGUCUAAAGUUGUGUAAAACCUCCAAAUAUUAGAAGCUUUAUUUGUUAAUAUUAACUCAAAAGUUGUAUGCUCUCUUCCUGUAAUCAUUCCUCAAGAGAUGUGUAUCUAAAUAACUUCUGUUUCAGAUCACACUUAGCACCUUUUGAAAGCUAGCUGCUGGUUUGGAGACCAGUCAUAAUAUUUUCAUAGGGUGCAACUAAGAUAGUAAUAAGUUACAUUUUUGUAUGUGCCUGCAAUUUGUCUAGCAAAAUAGACAAGCUACUGUUUUUAGAAAUGUAGUCUUUUACAUCAAGUAAUUUCAGUGUAUACCUGUGUGAGAGAGAGGCAUAAUGUAGGUAUAAACUAUCUAAAUCAUACUGAAGAAGAGAACAAAGAAAGUUAUGUCAGUGAGGACUGUGGGUUUUGACUUGUUGCAGGGCGGGUCUUUUUGUGGGUCUUUUUUGGUGUGGUUUUUUUUUUUAGUUGCUCCCUUUGGCCUAGAAACAGUGCAGUUCAACUAAAUUAAACUGAGUUUGCUCGGUACUCUCUGUUAAACUAAAUGACUUAACUAUUUGGUGGUUUAGAAUACAUCAUUAAUAAUCUUUUUCUCAAGACUUCACAGAAAGGGAGAAAAGAUUAUUGGUUGCAUUUAAUGAAAACAGAAGCUUCUCAAAAGCAUAUAGUCAAACAUGAAUAUCCUGAACACAGUGAGGUUAAUAUGGCUUCUUUUGGUAAAUACAUGCAAGGUUUAUUCUAAUGACUUCUCGUGUCACGUAAUUAAUGCUUCCAAGAAAAACAACAACAAAAAACAAACAAAAAAAAAAAAAAAAAAAAAAAAAAACCCCACAACCAGAAACCCCAACUAAACCACUAACCCCAAACAAAAGAGAAAUCUUGCUUGCUUUUCCAGCUUGAUAGACUGUGUAUAAAUGUAUGUCUAUAAGCAUUUCAGGGUCUUGAUUAUAUCUAAAUAGUGAACUUAAAUCAUAUAAAAUGUACUAAAAAUGCAGUUACUUGCACUCUAAGAACAACAAAAAGAUACUGGUUCACAUGUGCAGCCUUACCUCCUCCUUGUUGACAAGUUCUCAUCACUUUCACUCAUCACAAGGACUCUGCUAGAUCCUCCUUGGCUGGCUUCAUGCAUCACUUCAAUCUGAAUAAAAAAGAACACAGUAAAACGGAAAAUACUUAAUUGCUGAUGUUGUUACUUACAGAAUUUUUAACUUUUAAAAAUAAUAAAACCAGAUCCUACCUAGUCUAGUAAGUCACUGGACAAGUUAAAAUAAUUCUAGAUGUGUAGAUUGUAAAUCAAGACUACUAUAUUUUUCUGCUUUCUUGCUCAGUAUUGGUGUGGGAGGCAUUCUUGACUCCAGGCAGUGCCUUUAUGUUUUUCUGCCACAGAAGGUGCAUUAUCUCCUAAUGUAGAUAGUUGCAGACAUAACUUUCUUUUCCUUAGACUCUGAAAUACUAUGGUUUUUUGUUUCCUGCCUGAAGCCAGCCCAAAGACUUCACGUUUUCAGAGUUCUUUUUACAGUACCAUCUGAAGACGCAUGGGGAAACUGUCUUGUGCCUCUGAGAAGUGCCUUUGUACUAGCAGCAGUAUUAUGUAAGUACAUAUGCGCUCAAAUACUGAGCACAUUAUAUAUUUGCAAGGGCUGUCCCCAAGUUGUAAGGGACUGAAGAUUUUUACAUAAUAUUUUGAGAAACAUUAACCUUCUUCCUUGUACAGUCUUGCAAAGUUGGAUUAUUUCAACUGUGCUCCAGGCAAGUUGUAAGCAGGCUUUUCCUCCUUUUGCCUGUGGUUUUAAAAGUACAAAGUACUACUGGGGUUUACAUGAAGGCCAUCUCUUCAAAUUCAGUGAAACAACUCAGUGGCUAUGUUUGCAGUUAAUCCAAGACAAUAUCUAAACUCCAGCAGAGUCUUUUAGGUUCCUGAGCACUUUCAUUUUUAAGGGCUGAUUCUAGCGGGGGGAAAAAGCAGUGGCCUUUCUUACCGUCUGUGUAGCCAAAUUCAUUAGCUGGUUGGUGAUGAUGGAAUCCAUUGAUAAACUAUACUCACAUGAACUAGUGUCAGAAGUAAAAUACAAGGAAAUUCUGUAGCAACAAUAGGAGGGAAGGAGAGUGGGCAUAAUUUGCAUUGUAGUCUUGUAAAGUAGAUUUAAAAAUGAAUGAAUGGAUGUUUUCAUAAAGCCUGUACCAGGUUGUUGCAUAUACCUAACUGUGGGAGGAAUGCAGCUGAUCACCUGCAUUACUGAUGAGAAUAAGACUGAUUCCAAAGUCACUUUAUAUGAGUUUAGAUAAACGUGAGAACAGCUGUAUGAUACUGGUGAUAACUAGAUUUUGGGUUGUGCUUAUUAGUGAAGCUGUAAGGCUCUUUUGGCCAUUUCAGAAAAUGUAUUUAAUUUAAUUUUUGCCUUUUACCUUUGGGAAAUAAAGGUCAAAUGUGUCAGCAAGUCAGGGUAUGAAUAAUAGAAGAGUUGGGUUGAAGUAGCUUGCAUUAUAUCAAAAGUUUAAUAGAAUUGUGCCAGGUAAACACUUGAUAAAUUUUUAGCUUUUUGUGCCUCAGGGUAACACUAUUCCUCCCCUUUUCCCUUCUGAAUAUUUCCAUCCUCCCAGAAAAUAAAAACCAAUAAACUAACAACCCCCCAAAACAACUAAUUCUAAUCCCGUUAGUGCAGAAAUCACAUACAGAUCAGAUCAAACCAUUUUUUAAUUUUUAAAGCAAAGUAGCACUUUCAUGUGUGACUGUU